AAAUGAACAUCCAUUUUGUGACUUCAGUCCUACUAGAUGGUAAAAAGCAGUGUUCUUUUUCAAGUCAGAUUUCUUACAAUUAAUGGUAACACAUCGUCCGCAAAAAAUGAAAAUCCCAGAAUACCGUGCCGAGCCCACAGGCCAAGGAAAGAGGAGCAAGGAGGAGGGGUUUGAUCCUUCAAAUCUUCGUUCUCGUCGUUUGUUUCUAUUUCCUGCGACGAUGCUCGAGAAUCCGGCUUCUGAUCCCUCAAUAAAGCGUUAUACCCCUCCUGGCAGGAAUCGCCUCCUGAAUAGGCGCAAAUCUUCAGAUCGAUUUGACAGAAUAAACAACUCUCAGAGCAAUGAAGGAGAAAAAGGCUCGUCUACUUUCAGAAAUACAUCUGCCGCUGAUCAUGGAGAUUCUGUUAGCUGCAACUAUCAAAGCGAGAGUUCAAAUUCAGGGUUUAUUGUUGUUGAGGGAUGUAGUAGCAGCGAGGCUGUGCAACUAAUGGUUGAACGUUGGGCAGUGGCUAUGGACUCCUAUAAUGAUCCAUCAAUAGGAAUAACAGCUGAUGCUGGUUUUGGUGUUCACGGUGUAGAAAAACCAGUUAUAUACUCGGGCUCUAGCGGAUCAGCAUGGGGAUCCGUAAAGCUACCCCAUCAGAUGGACUUCCUAGCUGAACUCCGUCGAGCAAUUCAAAUGGCAAAUGCGCAAUCUGCCAAUACUGGGUCCAGAGAUUCACCCCCUGGGAGAAGUUGAUGUCCUCAAAGAUGAAAUUGUCAUGAUAAGGAAGUUACUCAAAAGUGGUCCUCCUGGAUUAAGAUCAGAUGCCCAUUUUCUUUUGAUCAGUCAUUCAUGAAUAUGCUUAGAUGAUAUGCUGUCAAGAAGAGAAGUCUAUGUUUGUCAUUGUCUAAAAUCUAUGGAGAUUGUGCCAGCUUGCUUAAUGCCUGAGCGAGCAGAGAUGCCAAUCUAUAAUUAUGAUGCAGCAGAAUCAACUGCUACAACUGUUACAAAAUUCUUCUGUAUUCCUUGUUCUGGACAUUCAAUGUGUUUGGCAAGGUGGUUCCGUCAACAGCCGGAAGACUGCAGUCAAAAUUUGAUCCGUUUUCUCUUCAUAUAAAUUCUAGUUUUUCUUUC